UUUUACCUAUAUAAGUCUGGCAUCUGGUUCUUAAUUGAUUUUUAUCUCAUCUUACCUCGAGUAUCGCGAGUGUCGAGAUAAAUUUACGAAUCAUUUAUUUAUUUAUUUCAGUGUUAUGUGCGCGUAGUGCUGAAGCCGAAUAAUGGUGCGAGGAGAACAUCAAAGGAUUUUAUUUUCGGCUCUGCUGAUAUUUUUGACUGGAUCAAAAAUCGCACGCGCCGCCGAUGAAAAUACAAACAGUUAUGCUCAAAGACCAACUUCAUACGGUAGGGAAGUAGUUGUCGAUAUCGAAGACAGCAAUAAAACUCAAUACCACGAACAAAAUUUCGACACCAAUGCCUACGUGUUCGGUUACGAGCUCGGCCCUGACCAACAAUUCCAUCAUGAAAAUCGUGGACCAGAUGGGGUGACUUAUGGAUGUUACGGAAUCAUCGAAAAUGAUACCAGCAUCAGAGCCACUCAUUAUAUAGCCGAUGCUUAUGGUUAUCGUAUCAUUACACCUGGUGAAAAAAUUGAAGUCUUCAGACAACCAGAAACUGGCGAUGAAAAAGAGCUUAAUGAUGUAGAACCUGGAGUACAUCACUCCAACUUGAAAAUAGGUAAAUUUACUCCAUGGGGACAGCUGUAUUUCCCAAAAGGAUGUAACUCAUUCAGAGCACCAAACGGUACCAUUGUUUACUUACCUGGUGUACCUAAGGUCGAACUCGCCAUUGACAAACAACCCGUUUAUGUUAGCAAACCAGCAACAAGUUUCCCAGUACCAAAACCCAAACCAGGUGGUUUUGCGCCUCAAGUACCCGUAUAUGUUGAUGGCCCCGAAGCUGCUGGAUCUUAUCCAAACUACCCCAACUAUCAAAGACCUUAUGUAGACCAACAAUACCCCGGAGACCCACCAGGCUAUUAUCCUGCUCGCGGUCAACCUGAACCAGAUCCCAAUGAAGGCCAAGGACAGCCCGGCGAUCCAAGUGGUGGGCGUGGAGAACCAGGCGAUCCAAGUGGUGGACGUGGAGAACCAGGUGACCCAAGUGGCGGACGUGGUGAACCAGGAGAUCCAAGUGGUGGACGUGGAGAACCAGGUGAUCCAAGUGGCGGACGUGGUGAACCAGGAGAUCCAAGUGGUAGCCCAGGAUCACCGGGAGAACCAGGAGACCCAAGUGGUGCACCAGGGUCACCCGGCUCACCAGGAGAACCAGGAGAUCCAAGCGGUGCUCCAGGAUCACCUGGAUCACCAGGAGAACCAGGCACACCAGGCGAACCAGGAACACCAGGCGAACCUGGCACACCAGGUGAACCAGGCACACCAGGAGACCCAGGAACUCCAGGAGAACCAGGCACACCAGGAGACCCAGGAACUCCAGGAGACCCAGGCACACCCGGAGAUCCAGGAACUCCAGGAGAUAAUGGACCACCAGGACCACCAGGACCACCAGGACCACCAGGUCCUGGAUCACCAGGAACACCCGGAACACCAGGAGAUAACGGGCCACCAGGUCCACCAGCACCCGGAUCACCAGGAACACCCGGAGAUAAUGGACCACCAGGCCCACCAGGCCCUGGAUCACCCGGAACACCUGGAAAUAGAGGACCACCAGGACCAGGCAGUCCUGGAAACCGAGGACCUCCGGGACCAAAAUCACCUGGCACACCUGGAUUCCCAGCUCCAGGCGCACCGGGAUAUCCUGGAUUCCCAGCUCCAGGAACACCAGGAUAUCCUGGAUUCCCUGCACCAGGUUACCCAGGAUCACCAGUUCCUGUGGGACCGGUUGCAUCUGGUCAAUCAAAUUAUCAGUAUUACAGUCAACAAGGUGGUUAUGUGCCAGGUUAUUCAACUCCUGCUCCAGGCGUUGUUGGCGGACAAGGACAAGGACAAGGACAAGGACAAGGAUAUUAUUAUCAACAAAAUAAUGGCUAUUAUUACCCCUCACAACCUCAAGUUAUACAAGUUGUAAAAGAAAUACGCAAGUAUCCUGGCUUCCCUUCAUACCCUGGACAAGCUGGUUACUGGCAAAAUUCAGGAUAUAAUUACACCGCUGGUGGAUCUUAUAAUCAAGUCAGCUCGGAUGGAUCAUAUAAUGGUCAAUAUGGAGAUGAUGGCUCAUACAAAGGACAAGGACAAUAUGGAGAUGAUGGCUCAUACAAAGGACAAGGACAAUAUGGAUCUGCUGGUUCAUACAAAGGACAAGCACAAUAUGGAUCUGCUGGUUCAUACAAAGGACAAGGGCAGCUUGGAUCAAGUGGUGGAUAUAAUGAACAGUUCGGAUCAAGUGGUGGAUACUAUACUAGUCAAUUUGGAUCUGGUGGUGGUGGACAAUACUUUGGAAGUAAAGUUGUGUCUAGUUCUGCUUUGGGUAAAGGAGUUGGUCAAGGUAGUGGUUCUUACCAAUAUACUCAGUUUAAUCAAGGUACUGUAGGAAAAACUGUUCAAGUAUCCAAGAAUCAAGGAGCUGGAGCAGUAGUACCAGUUGUACCAGUAGUACCAGUUGCACCAGUAGAACCAUCAUUACCACCUACAGCAGUAGUACCACCAACCAAUAAUGGAGUUAGUUCAGGUUCUGCUGUCACUUACACUAGCGGAGCAUACCCUACUCCAUUCCCUACCCCAGUGCCAUACCAACCAGGUCGUUACAAUUACAACUACAACUACAAUGUACAAAAUCAAUACAUACCCGUACCUCCUCUACCACCUGGUAACCAAUUCCAAUAUCAAUAUGACUACGCCACCAAGAAACCAUUCUACAUCAAUGUCAACCCAGUGUACCCAACUUCGGAAAAAUUCACUCCUUAUCCAUUCAAUGCCAUCCCAACUACCCAAAAACCAGGCACCGUAUUCAAAUACCCAGUCACUACAGUUUCGCCAACACCAUCGACAGAAGCUGAAAUACCCACAACUCAACCUCCUAGACCAGUCACUGAAGAAAUACCCACUACACCUAAACCAAUUUCUGAAGAAAUCCCAACAUGGAAACCACCAAGUGAAGAAGUACCUCCACAAGGACCCAUCAUAGAAGAAGUUUUCCCAGGAGGUGUCAAUCGUGAAUCUACUUUCCCACCAACUGAACCUUCUCCCAUCCCUACAACGCCAGUACCAGAAACAAUCGCACCUGACACCAUCUCACCCAUCAUCACCGAUUCUCAAAACGCAGACGAACCAUCAAUCAGAAUACCCACCGAAAGUCCACCUCCUGUAAAAUCAGUCACAGCAUUACCUGUUCUUGUACCAACUUUACCACCGAGAUUCAAAACAGUUCCACAACCACCUCGUGUUCCUUUCCCCAUUUUACCUCAAAUAGCUCAACCAUAUCCAUUACCAAACCAACCAAAUCUUUUCAAACAAAAUACCAUCAUACCUCAACCAACUUACCAAGUAUCCAACCAAGCCAACGUGUUUAGACAAAAUACCAACUUCCAAGCUCCACUAGCCCCAUCUUACUAUAACCAAAUCCCAAUCCAAUCCCCUGCCUCUUGCCCGUGUUACGUGGUGAGUAAAACUGCCGACGGAUCUACCUCUACGACCACUCAAAGUCCAAUACAAACUGUAAGCAACCCACCUGGUGGUCUUUUGGUUCUGUUGUAUCCUCUAUGCCCUGGCGACAAUGUCAGUAACUUGCAACAACUCAAUCCAGCUUUAUCCUCAGCUUUUAUUAUUCCUUACCCAUGUGGUAAAUGUGAUCCAGGUGAAAGCACCACUACUCCUAUUCCGCAAUUUAGAUCUUUCCAGGAAGCUGUCUCGAAAGGAAGCGAUUUCAGCAAACCUACGUUGAUUUUAAAUUCCGAAAAUACUGCUCCGAUAGGAUACAGAGUCGUUAAGAAGAAAAUCGUCAGCUAAUUUCGUUCCGGGAGGAUUGAGGGAAACUAUUUAUAAUGAGACCAGAAUGUGACGUCGAUGAUUACCCUACAGCCUUAUAAUUUACGUUUGAUUUGUUUUUUUAAAGUAAUGAAUACCUAUUUGCAAAUGAAUCAUCUACGCCCUCUGGUCUUGGAAAUUGUCUCGUAGUUACUUCCUCUCUUAAUUUAAUGACGUCUAAUAAAAAUAGGUUAUCAAAAGUGAUCAUGUACACAGUUGGCAUUUACUUAAUUAGGUACGUUUUAUAUUAUCAUUGUAUGUGCCUUACCAUACUCAUGCAUUUUUAAAGAAAAAUUUCUAUCUAUGCGAAACGAAUAAUCAAAAUUUUAUGUUUCUUGUAAAUACAUAUAUGUACCUUUGUAAGUGAGCCUUUUUAUGCGUUGCGUUGUACGUAAUGAACUGAUUUCGUGUUUUUUUUUUAAUAUGUGUGUGAGAUAUGUACGUAUAGUUUUAUUGUCAUUUAUUUAUUAAUUUGUAUUUGUCGUGUUUAUAUUUUGUGCUGUAUUUCUUGUCUUGAUAAUUUUUAAAGUUAUUGUAUCGUGAUAGCAAAAAGCAAAUUGUCGUAAACUGAUUGUAAUUUUUUUCCUUCAAAAUUUUGAGAUUUUCUAUUGUAGGUAGAUAUUUAAUAAAUUUAUUUUUCAAGUA